AUGGCUAACACAGACAUGAGAAUAAUCACAAAAAUAAUGGAAAUAGCAAAACAAGCACAUGAUUGCAGCAGGGGCAAAAAUAUAAAGGAGGAUGGUGACCUAGCAGUUAGUUGUGGGUUCCACUUAGCUUACCGCAACAGAGAGCCAGUGGUUCGCCAUUUGGGGCUCCAGUUGUUAGAGCAUGUUAUCAAGUAUAAGUGGAAUUAUUUAACCGUUGGACAAAAAGUUCACAUCAAGGAAAAUACGAUGCAGUUGGUGGCAAAAGGGACACUUGAUCUUCUUUCUGAGCAUCUUUACGUUAAAGACAAGGUGUCACGUCUUGUUGUGGAGAUGAUGAAACGUGAAUGGCCACAGCAGUGGCCAGGUUUGCUUUAUGAACUUCAAGAACUUUCUAAUAGCGGUCCCACACAAACAGAGUUGGUGCUGUUCGUUUUUCUGCGUAUUGCUGAAGAUGUAGCUACAUUGCAGAACAUAGAAUCCAACCAGCGUCGACGUGAUCUCUACCAAGCGAUGACGGUGAAUAUGGAAAAGAUGUUUAAAUUUUUCCUUACACUCUUGGAGGAAAAUUUUAAGCAGUAUGAAGCAAAAAUGAGCCAGCAAGAUUCUCAAACAGCACAGCAGCACUGCCGAGUUGUGCAGGUUGUUCUGAUGACAUUGACAGUAUAUGUUGAAUGGGUGUCUUUGCAUUACAUAUUCUCAAAUGAUGGCAAGCUCUUACAAUCUUAUGUUUUCUACUAAGUCAAGACAGUCUCAAGAUGGAAGCUGCAGAA